AUGGGAAAAAAGGAUGAAGACGAAAUUCCUCUUCUUGAAGCGUCGGAAAUAUCAGAAAGAAGGUCCCGAGUUAGGAAAACGCCGAAACUAGAGACGGUAGAGACGAUCAGAUACAAAGUUCAGGCGGACGAAACACUCGAGUCGAUUGCGCUGAGAUUCGCAGUAUCAAAGGAAGAAUUGAAACGUCUGAACAAUUUAUUCACCGAUUCGGAUUUGAUUACAAAGAAAGAAAUUCUCAUUCCAGACAGAAGAUUAACCGCUGUUCCGACUGAUCUUCUUGUGAAUAUUGAAGAUCAAAUCCAAGACUCUGAAACGUCCUCCUCCAUUGGCGAUGCUACUGCAGCUACGGAUGCAAUUUUCGAUAGAAUAGACAAGUCAAACCAAGAAGCAGUUCACAAAGUCUCCUCAAUCGGAAUCCGCCACCCGCUAACCGAAGCCGAAAACGAUGAUUUUAAGACCCCACGAAGGUAUUAUGCGAGAGCCCUGCUUUUCCCAAAUAAUGAGGUGAUGGUUGUCGGUGGCGAUGGACCUCGAAAAUUCACGAAAUUCACUUUCAACGACGAUUUUACUUCGAUCGAAGGAGAAGACCUCGACCAUUUACCACAAACUGACGACUACGAUGAUCCUUUUGCUAUUCUAGUGCCUGACGGCUUCUGCAUGCUUUGA